UUGUGCUAGGGAGAGAGUUGUACUUCGAUCGCAACCCUGAAACCUGAAACCAAAAGAAUGGAGUCUAGACCUCACACAGUAAAGCUUCGCCACCUGCUCACACUGUUCCUCAGUAUCUCGACUUCUCUGGGGCUCCAUCCAGUGUUCCUCAGUCGACCGGAUGCCACGCGGGUACUUCUACAUCGGGCACGGCGUGCCAACUCUUUCUUGGAGGAGCUGAAAGUGGGUGACCUGGAGAGAGAGUGUCUGGAGGAAACGUGUUCGUACGAAGAGGCAAAGGAGAUUUUUUCUGUCCCAGAGCAACUGGAUCGUUUUUGGAAGACAUACUCAGAGGUUGACCAGUGCGAGUCUUCACCGUGUCAGAAUGGUGCCACUUGUAUGGACCAGAGAGAUGCUUACAUUUGUAUGUGUCCAGUCAACUUUGAGGGUCGUAACUGUGAGAAAGCAAGACAGAAGUCACUGGACUGUCUGUACAAGAACGGAGGGUGUGAGCACUUUUGUGUAGAGACCAGUAUGUCCACCCAUUGUGAGUGUGCACCAGGCUACAGUCUCAGCCAGGACAACAGCAGCUGUAUACCUCAAGUGGCUUUCCCUUGUGGCAGAUUGGUGCCAACAACCCAAAGUGUGGGCCCUAGGAUUGUUAGAGGCGAUAUUUGCCCCAAAGGCCAGUGCCCAUGGCAGGCUUUACUGGAGUACGGCGGUCUUUAUAAAUGUGGCGCGAUUGUUGUGAAUGAUCGGUGGAUGCUCACAGCUGCUCACUGUGUCUGGCAAAUGCACACCUCUCAACUGCAGAUCACAGUGGGUGAACAUAUCCGAGGCGUGGGCGAGAACACGGAACAGGUGAGAAAAGUGGCCGAGGUGUUUAUCCAUCCUCUUUACAACCACCAAACCACCGACAACGACAUCGCGCUGCUGAAACUGGAGCAGCCCGUAACGCUCGGGCCUUUCGUUGUGCCCGUGUGCCUUCCCCCGACGGCCGGUACUUUCGGGCGAACCCUCGCGGCGAUACGAAUGUCCACCGUGAGCGGGUGGGGCCGUCUUGCGCAGUCAGGAGUUUCCUCCACCGUCCUUCAGAAGCUGGAGGUUCCCAGGGUACCACUGGCAGAGUGCAGGGCACAUUCGGGUCUUAAGGUGACCAGGAACAUGCUGUGUGCCGGGUUUAAAGAGGGCGGCCGGGACUCUUGCCAGGGCGACAGCGGCGGACCCCUGACCACACGAUACAGAAAUACGUCGUUCUUGACCGGGGUGGUGAGCUGGGGGAAGGGCUGCGCCCGUUCUGGCCUCUACGGGGUCUACACUCGAGUCUCUGUUUUUGUAGAGUGGAUAAACAGCACAAUGGCCACAGGCUGAGCUGGAGGUUUUCCAAACAAAUCAGAAAUUUUUUCCCCUCAGCAAGAUCUAAAUGUUUUACAUAGUUAUUUGACAUACUGAAAGACCUGGGCUUGGAGGGAGAAGUUCUACUGAUCUAUGUUUUGAUUCAAAUAUCCAUUUUUAGAUGAAGUUAUUCUAAAUGAAACUGUAAUAAAAUGAUAUUUAUCAAAUUAAAAAAAAAAAAAGGUCAUUCUUUGUAAUAUUCAGUAUAUUCAUUUGUGUAACAAACAUCGUGCUACUAAGUUUUGACUACGUUUUAGCAUUGUCUACUCAUGCUGGAAUACUAAUAACAUCACUAAUACUUAAUACCAAUAAAAUGCUCCUGCAGCUGGA